ACAUAAAGCUUAUGAUAUAUGAUCCAUUUUUGUAUUUUCGCAUGGAAUAUGCCACACUUUUUAAGCCUUGACAAUAAUGCAAAUAUAGUGUUCACACUUGACACUUAUAUAUAAGUACUAGUGUCUAACAACUAAUAUGUAUUAUAAUAUAGGCUUAUAUAGUUCACCUCUCUUCUUUGUUGCUUCAUUAACAAAAUAAUCUUAAUUAGAAGCUAGCUAGGUUUUCACUUAAGCUAGCUAGCAAAUUAAGGAGGAAACCAAAUGGACUCUAAAAAAGAGGAAGGGGUGAGAAAAGUAAAAGAGGGAGGUUCAAUAGGCAUAAUUUUGAGAUAUAGUGAUUGGAUUGAUGUUGUUUUAAUGUUGAUGGGUGCUUUGGGAGCAAUUGGAGAUGGAAUGUCAACAAAUGUUUUGCUUCUCUUUGCUAGCCGUAUUAUGAACAGCUUAGGUGGAAGUAAUAAUAACAAUAGUGAGACUUCCAUGUCUGAGGUUGAAAAAUGCAGCUUAUAUUUUGUCUACUUGGGAUUGGCAGCAAUGGUGGUGGCUUUCAUGGAAGGGUAUUGUUGGAGCAAAACAAGUGAGAGGCAGGUAUUGAGAAUUCGCUACAAGUAUUUGGAAGCUGUUCUUAGACAAGAAGUUGGGUUUUUUGAUUCACAAGAAACAAAUACUUCUGAAAUCAUUAAUAGCAUAUCAAAGGACACUAAUCUUAUACAAGAAGUUCUAAGUGAAAAGGUGCCUUUAUUUUUGAUGCAAUCAUCAUCAUUCAUCUCAGGGAUUUGUUUUGCUACAUACUUCUCAUGGAGAUUAGCAUUAGUAGCAUUUCCAACUCUUGUUUUACUCAUAAUCCCUGGCAUGAUAUAUGGAAAAUACCUAAUCUAUUUAUCAAAAUCAUCAAUGAAAGAGUAUGGAAAAGCAAAUGCAAUUGUUCAACAAGCAUUAAGCUCAAUAAAAACGGUUUAUUCAUUCACUGCUGAGAAGAGAAUAAUGGAAAAAUAUUCAGAAAUAUUAGAUAAAACUUCAAAGCUUGGAAUUAAACAAGGUAUAGCUAAAGGUUUAGCUGUUGGAAGCACUGGUUUGUCUUUUGCAAUUUGGGCUUUUCUUGCUUGGUAUGGAAGUCAUUUGGUUAUGUAUAAAGGUGAAAGUGGUGGAAGAAUCUAUGCUGCUGGAAUUUGCUUCAUAAUGAGUGGAUUAUCCUUGGGAGUAGUACUUCCAGAUUUGAAAUACUUCACAGAAGUAUCAAUUGCUGCAUCAAGAAUAUUUGCUAUGAUUGAUAGAACACCAGAAAUUGAUAGUGAAGACACAACAAAAGGAAUUAUAUUAGAAACCAUAAGUGGCAAAUUAAACUUUGAGCAUGUAAAAUUCACAUACCCUUCUAGACAAGAAAGUGUUGUACUAUAUGAUUUUAAUCUUCAAAUUGAAGCUGGAAAAACUGUUGCAUUAGUUGGUGCAAGUGGAAGUGGUAAAUCAACAGCAAUAGCAUUAGUACAAAGAUUUUAUGAUGCAAAUGAAGGUGUUGUUAAGGUUGAUGGUUUUGAUAUAAAAAGUUUACAAUUGAAAUGGAUUAGAGGGAAAAUGGGACUUGUGAGUCAAGAACAUGCUAUGUUUGGUACAUCUAUUAAGGAAAAUAUUAUGUUUGGUAAAAAUGAUGCUACUAUGGAUGAAAUUGUUGCUGCUGCUACUGCUGCUAAUGCUCAUAAUUUCAUUAGGCAACUUCCUGAUGGAUAUGAAACCAAGAUUGGUGAAAGAGGAGCACUUCUUUCAGGAGGACAAAAGCAACGAAUAGCCAUUGCAAGAGCUAUCAUAAAAAAUCCUGUAAUUCUCUUACUUGAUGAAGCAACUAGUGCACUUGACUCUGAAUCUGAAUUAUUAGUCCAAAAUGCCCUUGAUCAAGCCUCAAUGGGAAGGACUACUUUGGUUGUUGCUCACAAGCUAUCAACAAUCAGAAAUGCAGACCUCAUAGCAGUUAUGAGUAAUGGUUGCAUCAUUGAAACUGGCACACACAAUGAACUAAUCAACAUUCCAAAUGGUCACUAUGCAAAAUUAGCAAAAUUACAAACACAAUUAAGCAUUAAUGAUGACCAAGAUCAAAAUCAAGAACAACAAAACAUUCUUCUUUCUGCUGCAAGAAGUAGUGCAGGUAGAACAAGCACUGCUAGAUCAAGCCCUGCCGUAAUGUUUCCGAAAUCACCAUUACCUAAUGAUAUAAUCACUUCUCAAGUUUCUCAUCCAUCACCUUCAUUUUCAAGGCUACUUGUUCUGAAUUCUCCUGAAUGGAAACAAGGACUAAUCGGAACACUCUCAGCUAUUGCAUUUGGUUCAAUUCAACCGAUUUAUGCAUUAACAAUCGGUGGCAUGAUUUCAGCUUUUUUCGCUACAAGUCAUCAAGAAAUGAAACACAGGAUCAUGAACUAUUCGUUGAUUUUCACUUCUCUAUCGCUCGCUUCUAUUAUACUCAAUCUCUUGCAACACUACAAUUUUGCUUAUAUGGGAGCAAAGUUAACAAAAAGGAUAAGAUUGUGUAUGUUGGAGAAAAUCUUAACCUUCGAAACCGCUUGGUUUGAUGAGGAAAAGAAUUCUAGUGGUGCAUUGUGUUCGAGGUUGAGUAACGAAGCAUCGAUGGUGAAGUCACUCGUUGCUGAUAGAGUCUGUUUACUUGUUCAAACCACUUCGGCUGUGACAAUCGCGAUGAUCAUAGGUCUUGUAGUAGCUUGGAAGCUAGCUCUUGUUAUGAUAGCGGUCCAACCACUUACAAUACUUUGUUUUUAUACGCGAAAGGUUUUGCUUUCUACGCUUUCAACUAAAUUCGUUAAGGCGCAGAACCAAAGCACACAGAUUGCUGUCGAGGCUGUUUAUAAUCACAGAAUUGUGACCUCGUUUGGAAGCAUCGAAAAAGUUCUCAGACUGUUUGACAAGGCGCAAGAGGCACCGAGGAUGGAAGCUAGGAAGAAAUCUUGGCUAGCUGGUAUUGGUAUGGGAUCUGCUCAGUGUUUAACUUUUAUGUGCUGGGCUUUGGAUUUUUGGUAUGGUGGUAGAUUGGUGGAAAAGAGAGAAAUUUCUUCGGGCGAUGUGUUUAAAACAUUUUUUGUGUUGGUUAGUACCGGAAAAGUUAUCGCUGAAGCUGGUAGCAUGACUUCUGAUCUAGCUAAAAGCUCAACAGCAGUUGCAUCAGUGUUUGAAAUUCUUGAUAGACAAUCACUUAUUCCCAAGGAUGGAGAAGAAACCAAUGGAAUUAUGUUGGAAAAGCUAAGUGGAAAAAUAGAACUAAAGAAUGUUGAUUUUUCUUAUCCAAGUAGAGCAAAGACACCUAUUUUGAACAAAUUUUGCUUGGAAGUAAAGCCAGGAAAAAGUGUUGGACUAGUUGGAAAAAGUGGAUGUGGAAAAUCAACAGUGAUUGCAUUAAUACAAAGAUUCUAUGAUGUUGAAAGAGGAUCAGUGAAAAUUGAUAAUGUGGAUUUAAGAGAAUUAGAUAUUCAUUGGUAUAGACAACAAACUGCAUUAGUAAGUCAAGAACCUGUUAUAUAUUCUGGUAGCAUCAGGGAUAACAUUUUGUUUGGAAAACAAGAUGCAAAUGAAAAUGAAAUUGUUGAAGCUGCUAGGUCUGCAAAUGCUCAUGAUUUCAUAUCAUCAUUGAAAGAUGGAUAUGAAACUGAAUGUGGAGAAAGAGGAGUUCAAUUAUCAGGAGGACAAAAACAAAGAAUAGCAAUUGCAAGAGCCAUAAUCAGAAAUCCAAUAAUACUUCUACUAGAUGAAGCAACAAGUGCUUUGGAUGUUCAAUCAGAACAAGUUGUUCAAGAAGCACUUGAUAGGAUUAUGGUUGGAAGAACUACUAUUGUUGUGGCACAUAGACUUAACACAAUCAAAGAACUUGACUCAAUUGCUUAUGUCUUAGAGGGUAAGGUUGUGGAACAAGGAAGCUAUUCUCAGCUUAAGCACAAGAGAGGUGCUUUUUUCAAUCUUGCCAACCAUCAAAUCCAAACUUAGUUAUUGUAAAUGAGUAAUCUUCAUGUAAACUUUGAGGAACAAUAAUAAUAUUUUUAUCCAAGUUUUUAUUAUAUGGUUGUCUCUC